AGAUGUAAUUGUCUUGCAACACGGUCAUAAACCCUUCCAAAAUCUCGAGUGAAGUUCACUCUGUGUUUGUCCAUGGAGGGUAUCAUUAUCAUACCUUCAGCUCGUACAAGCCUCACAACUUCAUUUUUAACUUCGAGUUUCACUUCCAAAUUUCCAACAAAAACUCGGAAUAAAAAUAACCAAAUUGUGUACAACGUACCCACAUCCAUAUUCCACAAGAACUCCUCUUUGUCAUUAUAUCAAUCCUUACCUGGUCGUAGAAACUUCGUAGUUUUCUCCCAAUUUGGUCGAACAACGAGCCGCCGCAACUCGCUGAGGAAGAAGCUUAUUGAGAAUCAACAGGUACGCCAUCAUGUAAUUCCCGGUUCUGAUAUUCAAAAUCAAAAAUCAAAUAUUAAUUUUGGGGAAGGAGAGAACUUAAAGGAGGAAAUAAACGUUGACAGCGUUGAAGAGAGUGUAUCUAGUGAUGGGGUUAUCGAAAAUGAAUCAAAGUCGAAACUUCUUGGUGAUUCUGCUUUAUUCACGAAAUUGGAGAAUUGGGUUGAGCAGCAUAAAAAGGAUAGUGAGUACUGGGGCAUUGGGUCAGAGCCAGUUUUUACAGUCUUCCUUAAUCCCGAUGGGACUGUUGAGCGGGUUUCUGUUCACGAGGAUGAAAUAUUGAGGAGAAGCCGUGUAGAGAAAGAGGAUUUAGAAAACUCUGCAGAGACGAAUUUGAAAAUUUUGCAGGCAGAGAAUUUAGCUAGAGAGAUGGAGAGUGGGGGAAAUGUUAUUCCAAGGAACAGUUCGGUGGCUAAGUUUGUUGUUCAAGGUGGUGAGUCUAAUUUCUUUAAGGCAAUUCAGAGCUUUAGUCUUAGUCCUCAGUUUAUAAAAGAGCUCCCAAGAGUGGGGACCAUGGUCUUGUAUGGUCUAGUUGCUAUUUGGGCAGUGAAGCAAUUGUUUAGUUUUGGGGAUAAAGAGGUGAAACUCACAGAAUAUGAAAAGGAAAUGAUGAGGAGGAAGAUAAAAGCAAGAAAGGAGAAAGAGGUGUUGAACAUAGGUGGUGUGGAAGUUAUUCAACCUUUGGAGCAACCACCAAUGUUUCCCACUGAAAAGCCGAAGCUUGAUAAGCAAGAACUGAUGAAAAGUAUUGCAAAAGCAAAAUCACAGGGUGGAAAUUUGACUUUACUUGAUUCAAAAUCUGUUAACAUAGAUGCUAAAUCUAUGGAGUUUGAUAUCAAAAUUCAAGAAAUCAGAAAAAUGGCCAAACAUGCCCGGGAAACUGAAGUUAAGGAGAGUAAAUUGAUUAAAAGGGAUAGAAUUGAAACUAAGAUUAAGGGUAAGGAAAGUUACAAUGGAACCAAGGAGGGUGAAGAGUAUAGAGAGAAGGAGAUUAGUUUACUUAACCAACAUCUAAAUGAAGAUACUAAACAAAGUUGCAAGGAUGAUACUAAGUUUGUACUUGAUGAAGCAUUUGCCAGGGAUGGGAAUAUUGCUUCAAGUGCAGAAUGUUCAGAUGCCAAGCAAAUCACUAGUGAGAAUCUAGAAGACAUCGAGAUUGUUGAAAAGUUCGGAGACUGUGCUACUUUUGAUGAUCCGUCUGAAAAUAGAGAAGGUUCUGUUCUAGUAAAACCACGAAUUAUAAGGUCAGUGAAAGAAGCCAGGGAGUAUCUUUCUGGAAAAGGUAACAAGCAAGAGCCAAAACAAGAGUCACAGUUUAGAGCUGUUCAAGAAAGUACUGCUCUGCCAAAGCAUGAUAAGCAAUUCGAAAGUAAUACAAGGGAGGAUUUGAGCACAGAAGAAUUGUUUACAUCUGCCAUUUCAGAUGCAAAAACAGAUGCUUCUGCUAUGACAAGUGCCUCUCGAGAUUCUGAUCUAGGGAAUAAGGAAUCUGUUGAAAUCAAGGAUGGAAGCCUGAAAAAUUAUCUGGAAGGAGAAGAUGUUCAAGAGCAGCAAAUUUCCUUGGAUCACAAAGAUGAUGACAGAACAUCUGAAAGAGAACAAUCUGUAGAAGUGGAAAACUGGAAUGAAAAGAAUUUUAAUGAACAUAUUAGCAAGAAGAUUGGAGUUAGCUUUAGAGAUAAUUACAUGGUUGCAAGGGAAAAGAAGAAUCAGCUGUCAAAUGUGAAUCCUUCUGCAGUGCUUGGUCCUAUUGGAGAUGAAAGUGAACUUGAAUGGAUGGAAGAUGAAAGUCUUGCAGAAAUUGUUUUUCGAGUACGAGACAAUGAGUUAUCAGGGAAAGAUCCAUUUUACCAGAUGGAUGCAGAAGACAAGAACGCAUUUUUCAGGGGUCUUGAAAAGAAAUUUGACAGAGAGAACGAAAAGCUGUUGAAACUGCAUGAAUAUCUCCAUGCAAACAUAGAAAAUCUUGAUUACGGGGCAGAUGGUAUCAGCAUAUAUGAUCCACCAGAAAAAGUAAUACCACGUUGGAAAGGUCCUCCUUUGGAAAUAAGUCAUGAUUUUUCCAAUAAUUUAUCGGAACUAAGGGAAGCAAUUAUUGCUGAAAAUACUGGACUUUCAUUCAAUGUGAAGAAGGAUGAGCAGAACUUCCUCCAGAAAUCAAGGGAAUCUCCACCAGUUGCAAAAAAUGCCACUUCUUCAGCAGUUAAUAAUCCAAAAAAGAGAUUGGAUAAGGGUCAAGAUAGGUCCAAGACGAUUAUAGAAGGCAGUGAUGGUUCUUUUAAAGCUGGGAAAAAAUCAGGGAAGGAGUUUUGGCAACACACCAAGAAAUGGUCUCGUGGGUUUCUGGAAUCUUAUAAUGCAGAGGCAGAUCCGGAAGUUAAAUCCAUUAUGAGAGAUAUGGGGAAGGAUCUGGAUAGAUGGAUCACUGAGAAAGAAAUUCAGGAAGCUGAUGAUCUUAUGAAGAAAUUGCCUGAGAAGAAUAAGGAAUUCAUGGAAAAGAAACUCACCAAGCUUAAAAGAGAGAUGGAAUUGUUUGGACCACAAGCUGUCGUGAGCAAAUAUAGUGAAUAUGCAGACGACAAAGAAGCAGAUUACUUGUGGUGGUUAGAUCUUCCAUAUGUACUGUGCAUUGAGUUGUACACAGUUGAGGAUGGUGAACAAAGAAUAGGGUUUUAUUCAUUGGAGAUGGCUACUGAUCUUGAAUUAGAACCAAAACCACAUCAUGUGAUUUCCUUUGAAGAUGCUAAUGAUUGCAAAAAUCUUUGUUACAUAAUCCAAGCUCAAAUGGAAAUACUAGGAAAUGGCAAUGCCUUUGUUGUUGCCCGGCCACCUAAGGACACUUUCCGAGAAGCCAAAGAAAACGGUUUUAACGUUACUGUCGUGAGGAAAGGAGAGCUUCAGCUUCAUGUGGAUCAAACAUUGGAAGAGGUGGAGGAACAAAUUGUAGAGAUUGGAAGCAAAAUGUACCAUGAUAUGAUUAUGCGAGAGCGAUCUGUAGAUAUAAGCUCAUUGAUGAAGGGUGUAUUUGGUUUCAAGACUAAACCAACCAAGAGGAAAAGAUCAAAAAGAAAACUAAAGAAGCGUGGGAAGAAAUGAAGAUGAUACAUAAGGCAUUACUUCUUUAGAGAAUUUUGAUCCUUGUGGAUUAAGCUGACAAAAUGGAGGUUUCCUCGAGAUAAUUCGUGGGAAUCUUCAACUCUCCCUUUAUUUGUAGAUCCUUUGAGAAAUAGCAGUUCUUGUAUGGCUCGAAUGAUAUUUUCGAUUUUUUUGAAAUGUCAGGGAAAUAAAGUGAAAAAUUCAAAUGCCAGAAGAA